AUGGUUCGUGUUACGGAGGAGCUGGCGCUCUCGCCAGAGCAUGUCACUCUCUACUACGCCAGCGACCCGCUGCUGGGCCAUCUACCCAUCCUGAUCUUCCAUGGGCCCUCGACGACAGCCAACUAUACGCUUAACAGCUCGCGCAUACAAGUCCACAUCAUCAGUCCCGCCGGUUACCUGUCGUUCCCCCGCAUCACAGUCUCUCCCAACUCUCCCUUCUACAGUGUCGUCUCCUACCUGCCCCGCGAGUUCCAGGGUGAUGAGGUGUGCAGAGGCCUGGCCUUCGGUCUAUAUAAGUAUUUCACCGAGCUCCCAGAAGCCGUCAAGAGCCAUCUCAAGAAGAUAUACCCUUCCGACGGCAGCGGCCAUCCCGGUUCUGCGCCUGAACUGUUCAGCGAGCAGCAUGCUGCCAAUAUUGCCAAAGAUGCCGUCCAGGCUGACAAUACACUCGAGGUCAUCGGGGUCCUGGAAUAUGCACUACGGACACAACAUAUCAGCCAUGUGGACCUAGACCUUGUCUUGCCCCCAGGGUCCAUUGUGCCACUCAACCCUGAAGACCUUGAGGAAGUGCCAGAGGAUGAAGACGACAUCCUAGACCCCAGCUUGCGCCAGUACUGUGGAUAUUCCCCCCUGGUCAAGUUGUUCGGAGAGCCUGUCUUUUUACCUACCUCAAAGCUGCGGCGAGCGCCUUCAAGACCCAUUUCGCUAAACAGGACCAAGUCAUUUUCUAAAAAUCAGAAGGUUGACCUUCGUAUGAAGAUGAGCGAGCUAGUCGACACCGAAGAGCGCUACGUUCUCAAAGUCAAUGAACUCGUCAACACCAUCGCUAACGAGUUCCGCAAGAACGCGAAGAAUCGACCCCCGAACAGCAUCAGCCCUACUGAGGAGGAUCUGGAGAAGCUCUUCCCGAAAUCUGCGGACCGCAUCUUGGAGGUAAACACGGCAUUCAUGCAGGAGCUUCGGCGAGUCAUGGAUGAGACGGAGGAGGAAGCCAUCCAAGAUAUGGAGAAUACCGGUCCCGGAGCCAGGCCGGAUAGCUUAUGCAAAACCAAGGACCCGACUGGUGUGCUUGCUAUGGCCAAGGUGUUUUUGGAAUGGUUUCCUAAGUUUGCAGACUGCUAUCAGGACUACAUCCGGGCCAGCCAGAACUUCCCUCAGCUACUCAACUUGUUCCUCGACAAGCAGUCUAGCUUCCGCCAGCGAGUAGCCCAUACGGGCGAACAGACCAUUCGGUCAUUGUUGAUCGAGCCGGUCCAGCGGCUGCCCCGGUAUAACCUUCUUAUCGACCAAAUCAUCUCCUGCCUACCCAUCACUCAUCCAGCCCUCCAGCUUCUUCUCAAAGCCAGAGACAUCAUUACCAAUAUCUGCUCCAUGGACGAGCCGCUUCCGGAUGAGCCGCAUGUCAACAAUCGACUUCGUGCGAUAAUUGAGGGAUGGCCUGUGGAUAUUGAGCCACAGGGUCGCCUAGUUGUUGCUGUCGACUUUCUGGAGCUCUCGCCGCCCUAUGUGCCCGUAUCACAAAACAGCCAUCACUUGUCAGACCGCCCGGGUAUUCUUUUGGUCUUUUCUGACUGCGUCGUCCUAGUCCAAAAGAAAGGAAACACGGGAAUUACUGGCCGAGACCUUCUCCGCGAAGUUGAAAGGCCAUCCGCGGCGGGCCUGCUGGCAUCGAUGACCAAUGCGGCCAGUGGACAGGGGAACUUUGAGUUUAUGUUCAUAGGCUGGCACAACCUUGCCGAUGUCAGAUUCACUGAAUCUUCUGACGGCCGCUUAAUAUGGAUGACAUCGACUCAGGAGAUGAAGGGUGGCCCAAGCGGCGAGCCCCCAACCGGAAAGGCCCCUACGUCCCGGUGCUUCUUGUUGCAAGACAUCUACGAGGGAAGAGCCAACAAGUUUGCGGAGGAUAUUGUGAAGGCUCGCAUCUGCGGGCGUUUCUCUGAGAAGGAGCGGGAAGAGCCUACCUGGACCCUUCGCUCCGUGAAGAUGCUCGAUAACACUUUUGGCCUACACGCCGCCGUCUUUCAAGAAGGUGCCCAGCAAUUGAUUGAGGGUCGCCGGGAGCCAGCUGCCAUUCGCAUUGUCGUUGACACCGACAAAGGAAGCAAGGGUGCUCCUGUAGGUCAUUAUGGUGUAGAAAUUGUGGCCGAGGUCAGAACAGGCGACCUGCGGAGAAUACAGAUGAACACGAUGGGUUUGAACGGCAAGAGGUUCGUUGAUGACGUGGCGCUGGAGGACUUCCUUCCUACCCUCGCUCGACGAAUCAUCCAACUCCUUAACACACAGUGCGGCGUUACAAACCCUACCCUGGUUCCUGCUCUGGUUUCGUACUAUACCAAGAUCCUGCGCGCCAUCACGGUUACAGCCAAAGUCGAAGAGGAAAAAAGCAGUCGGUCGUUUCUUUCUUCUUCGCCCGUCAAGCUGCUUUCUAACUUCCUGGGCGGCAACAACAGCGCGUCAUCUAGCACCACCACACUCGACAACAUGGGCAUCAAUGGCUCGAGACACAAGAGGGCCCGUUCCAAUAGCACUAGGGACGUGGUUGUGGUUUCUGGGCCAGUUAGGGAUAGGGAUAUCCUUGUCCCUCGCGUCACUUUUGAAGAGGAUGAGCCGCCGGAGAACCCCCUCGUUCGACUUGAGCAGACCUUCACUGGUUAUGUGGCCAACAUGCAAGCCCGUAAGGGCUACUUCGUGGCUCGGACCUUGCUCAACAGAAACAUGGCGGAUGAACUCGCUGUCAAUGACCUCUAUAAUCGCCUGAUCGAAUAUCCGUUCGACCUGGAGGCCGCGUCGGAAGUUGGAACAGACGUCAUUUUCGCGGCAUUUGAGAAAUUCAUCCGCAUUGCUUGGCGCGAGCAAAUAGGUCCGGUUAUCACGAAGGAAGCUCUCGACGCGCUUCAGAUACGCGCGUCUAAGAAGGUCCCGGGCGAGUUCUCGGACUUUGUCCGCUUUAUUUUCAGUGAUAUGGCCCCGCAAAACCGACGCGCUUUCACAGCUCUCGUAAAGCUCCUUGCUGACCUCUUGGAAGGUUGCAGCAACGACGGCGAUAGAGGAGCGUUGACCCUAGCUUUUGCAGAGCUCCUGGUCGAGGAUGGAACUGCGCCGAACUAUAUCAACCUGCUUGACCUCUUGGUUGAGGAUUGCGAGCGUAUCUUCGACUACACCGAUCCCACAACCCUCUUGCUGCAGACUUACGAGGCUUUGAUGGCAAACCAGAAGGGUUCCAAAUCUGCCACAGGGUCGGUAAGCUCAAAUACUUCUUCUCUUCGGAGAAAGUUUGGUUGGGACUCGUUAUUGCGUCAAAACAGCAAGGGAGAUUCCGAUCGCCCCUCAGUGUGGCGCACCCUUAGCAAGCACCACAAAACUUCCUCUGCCGAUAACAGUCUCUCGAAGGGCAGCAGACCAAAGUCGAUAGAUUUGGGCCCGAACUUUACAUUACCAAACCGACUUCGCCGCCCGAAUUCUCGCGAUCGUCCCCCAGUUGUCGGUGCCUUCGAUGACAUCAUACACAGGCCCACGAGUUCCUAUAAACUCGAAACAAUUGACGAACCUGAUGCUACACCGAUUUUUGAACGGAGGCCCUUCAGGAGGAAGAGGCGCAGCUCACUGUCUGAUCUCAGGUCCCUCAUGGAAAACGCCAGUCUCGAAGAUGUGCCAACUCUCCCUCUGCGAUUAAACAGGCAGCGCACACCGGAGAAGGCGGCACGCACUCCGUCCCCUACCAAAGUUACCAUCAGCCCUCAAGCACAGGUACAGAUCAUACGAUCGUCUUCGUCGCGGCAGAAGGAGAAUGGUGACUCCCAGCAGGAGACUACCGACUCUUCGGACACCGAACAGGGAUCUCUUUCAAGGACACGUGCUAAGACCAUCACAAUCUCCCAGAUUCCAACGCUCAAGCCCGUAACCCGCCUACCUGUCCCGUCCUCGCCCGAGUCACCUACUCGGCCUUCCAGCAGUACCAGCAAACUUUCUAGCGGUAGCCAGAGAGUCCGGCUGCAGACCACCCAAAAGCUGCGCGAACGGCUUCAGACCGAAAAGAAAAUCGUCGAGGAAGUGGAUUCCUCCUUCAAGUCUGAGCUAUCGCGCAUCUCAGAGGACAUGUCGCGAGUGAGCGCGUCCAUACCGCGGACGCCAACUGUCGAUUUGCGCAAGCUACAGGCUGCAGUCCAGGCUCUCGAAGAGCGCGUCCCGCAAGUGCUCCAGGAGCUGCAGGAGCGACAUGCGGAUAUGCAGCGCGACAUGGAGGCUACCCUGAAGGCGACCGAGGCCAAAGUCAAGGCGAUCGAUCAGCUCUAUAAGGAAGCCACGGCAGAGAACGAGCUGCUAUAUGAGAAGUUUAACUCGGAGCUGAGCAAGAUCGUCAAGGCGCUCAAGGGCAAGGGUAGAGAGGAUAAGGAAGAACUGGUGCAAAUGGUGAAAGAGGCCAGUGAUGAGGCGGCUAAGCUGAAAAAGGAGAAUGCUCGGCUCAAAAGGGAGAUGGCGAGCCUGAGGAAUUUGCUGAAAGGCGCUACAACUGGGGAGGGAAGCUAG